GACAGCGCGGCCCCGCCAGCCUCUCCAUUUCCCAGGCGGACCCUGCGAGGCCGAGAGACUGGACAGCAAAUCGGUUGGGCAGCCUGCCGCGCAUCCAGCCCCCACAGGCUCGCCAGGGUUUCACUGUCGUAGGGACCACCAGUCCUGGCCCGCGACACCGGAGACUUCCCCCACGUGGAAGAGCCUGCGUGGUUGUAAGCGGAGGCAGGGAACACCGGCUGCCGAGGUGGUGUGGGUGUCUCUACCUCAGUGCAGGUCCAAGCCCCUUCCCCACCUUCUGCUCAAGUGCCAACCCGAGUCUGGGUCUCCGAGUUUGCAGAUGCUUUGGAGAGGGGAAACGUGAGAGGACCUCUCCAGGAAUUCCAGUUGGCGUGCUGAGCGCUGGGCUGGACUCUGGGGGACUGGUUCACAUUCCAGUCCUGUGGAAUGAGAGAGGAGCCAGUUAGGCCUGAUAUCUUCAUCUGAGAGGAAAACCAGACUCUACCCUUGGAACAAAAUGAAUCCUGAACUUGACACAGGCAGUUCUUUGAAAUCAAGGAACAUGAUAAGGAGUUGGCUCAUUUUUAUCCUCUUUCCUCUGAAGUUUAUAGAGAAAUGUGAGUCGACAGUCAACUUCACGGUUCCUCCUACUGUGAAGCUGGAAAAUGGAAGCUCAGCCAACGUGCACGUCACCCUCCGGCAUCCUUUAAAUUCAACCUUGGUGAUCACUUUUCAAAUCACAUUUCGUUCAAAAAAUGUUACUAUCGUUGAGCUCCCUGAUGAAGUUGUGAUACUUCCUGGAGUGACAGAUUCCUCUUUUCAAGUGACAUCUCAAGAUGUUGGACAACUUACCGUUUACCUGCAUGGAAAUAAUUCCAACCAGACCGGCCCAAGGAUUCGCUUCUUGGUGAUCCACAGCAACGUCAUUAGCAUCAUAAACCAGGUGAUAGGCUGGAUUUACUUUGUAGCCUGGUCCAUCUCCUUCUACCCUCAGGUGAUCACAAACUGGAGGAGGAAAAGUGUCAUUGGUCUGAGCUUCGACUUCGUGGCCCUGAACCUAACGGGCUUCGUGGCCUACAGCGUAUUCAACAUUGGCCUCCUCUGGGUGCCCUACAUCAAGGAGCAGUUUCUCCUCCAGUACCCCAAUGGCGUGAACCCCGUGGACAGUAACGACGUCUUCUUUAGCCUGCACGCCGUCACCCUCACCCUGGUUGUCAUGGUGCAGUGCUUUCUGUACGAGCGCGGCAGCCAGCAUGUGUCCCAGCCAGCCCUCGGCUUCCUGGCGCUCUCCUGGCUCUUCGUGUUUGCCACCAUGAUUGUGGCCGCAGUUGGGGUAACCACGUGGCUGCAGUUCCUCUUCUGCUUCUCCUACAUCAAGCUUGCAGUGACUCUGGUCAAGUAUUUUCCACAGGCCUAUAUGAACUUUUACUACAAAAGCACUGAGGGCUGGAGCAUUGGCAAUGUGCUUCUGGACUUCACUGGGGGCAGCUUCAGCCUCCUCCAGAUGUUCCUCCUGUCCUACAACAAUGACCAGUGGACACUGAUAUUUGGAGACCCAACCAAGUUUGGACUCGGCAUCUUCUCCAUCUUCUUCGAUAUUGUCUUCUUCAUCCAGCACUUCUGCUUAUACAGAAAGAAACCAGGGCUUCAGGCAUCCCACACAGGUUCUGACAGCCUUUCCAGGCAGGACUGGGCGCUGAGCUUGGAGCCAAAGGCCUUGCCCCAAGCAGCCAGUGUGUCUGGGAGCAGCUUGAAGGACUGACCUUGUAGCUGUGAGAGCCAAGGGCGCUUUCCUGCCACUGAUGUGUUCCCAGAGACCAAGCAGCCAGGUGUGGUGCCAAGGGACUCAGAGGUGCUGGUGUCGGUGUCAGAGGGGCUAUGACCUUGGGGUUCAGCCUUGGGGUCCCUUCUCUGAAGGCCACAUUCUCUGAGCACUUCCCUUCCUGACACUCAUCCUUCACAACUGUAAUCAUAGUUGGCCCCAACCAAGUUCUGGUAAAAAAAAAAAAAAAAAAAAAAACUAUUUCCGAGCCUUGAGGCGCCCAACAGAUUAGUUCUGAUCUGGGCUCGUGGCUAAUACCCCUUGUACCUUUAUCACGCUGUCCCCUUUGGGUUUUUUGGAGGAAUGUUUUAGAAGUACCUUAAUUUCUUCACCUUCUGCCUACCUCCACUUUCCCAGAGUUGGGGGCCCCAUGGGAGCCCCUGCAGCUGUUCCUCGCCCACUGGCUGAAGCACUGUACUCAUACACGCACCCACCAGCCUGUGCCUUAGAGGCCCAUUAGACCUGCCCAAAGGACAGGAGUUGCCCUGGACGGAAGGGGAGGCCCCCUUCCCUCACUUGGCCCAAACCCCUACCUGGGGUCUCCCUGAGCCUCUGAAAAGGACUUGAGACCACCUCACACAAUCCUCAUGGGCCCAACCCUGACCCCAAACCCCCUUGCCUCCCACCGCAAGCAGUCAUCUUCCCAAGGCAGGAGGGGAGGGUCUUAAGGACAUGCCUGGAGUUUGUCCAUCCACUCUCACACCUUUCCACCAGGUCAGUGUGAGGGGCCUCUAUCCUCUGUCCUUCAUUAAAACCUCGUCUGUUUCCUUUCUGCA